CGCUAUCUGUACUUUGCACGAGCACUGAUUGAAAGCUUGUCAAGUCGUUUCUCUAGGUUCAAUCAAACUUCUCCACGUCACAACUUCAACAUCACGAAUCAAUCAAAACUAGCAACCGUGCCGCCCAAAGCAGGGAAAAUGGAAGUCGGGCACCGGCGCUCGGGCCGGCUGUGGCUCGAGGUGGCGACACAGGCUGUGGCGCUGGGCGCAAUGAUCUGGGGCCUGAAGAUAUGUCUCCAGUACCUGGACCCCUACAGGGAGCAGCGCGAGCAGGCCAAGAAGCGGGCUGCCUUUCUGAAGCGCCAUUUGGGUCGCACCCUGGAGCUGAAUGAGUUUGAGCAGCUGCUGGCGGCACAGGUGAUGAACCCCGACCACAUUGAGGUGGAGAUGGGCGACGUGUCAGGGCUGGAGGACAUCGUGGCGGACCUGGAGACCAAGGUGCUGUACCCGCUGCUGCGGCCCGAGCUCUACCGCACUACGCUGUGGAAGCAGGCCAAGGGUGUGCUGCUGUACGGGCCGCCGGGCACAGGCAAGACGAUGCUGGCCAAGGCGCUGGCGAAGCAGUCGCACUGCUUCUUCCUGAACAUCACCGCCAGCAGCAUCAUGAGCAAGUGGCUGGGCGACGCCAACCGCCUGGUGCGCGCCGUGUUCAGCCUGGCGGCCAAGAUGGAGCCGUGCAUCAUAUUCAUUGACGAGGUGGACGCAAUGCUGGGCAAGCGGGGCCAGAGCAGCGAGCACGAGGCCACGCUGCAGGUGAAGACGGAGUUCAUGCAGCUGUGGGACGGCAUGGAGAGCAGCCGCGGACAGCGGGUGGUGGUCAUGGGCGCCACCAACCGGCCCUGGAUGGUGGACGAGGCGGUGCUGCGCCGCUUCACCCUCAUGUACGAGGUGGGGCUGCCCGGCCCCGCGCAGCGCCGCUCCAUCCUGACCAGCUACCUGCGCAAACACAACACCGAGGUGCCCGGCUCCGUGGCGCCCGAGCUGCUGCUGCCGGCAGAGGCGGAGGCGGAGGCGGCGGAGGAGCCCGCCAGCGGCGCCGCCAGCACCAGCGGCAACGCCAACGGCGACGAGGAGCAGCAGCACCAGCACCAGCGCGGCGUGGCGGGCCUGGGCAACGGCCUCGGCGCCAGCACCUCCACCACCUCUUCCACCUCGGGCUCCUCCAAGGCUCGCAGCAUCCCGCACGCGCCCGCCUCCAAGGCCGGCGCCAAGCCGGCCCUGACUCCGCCGCCUCCGGCGGCGGCGGCUGCCAAGUCGGCUGCGGCCAGGGCCGCCUCUGCGCUGGACGGCAUCAUCUCCGCCACCCAGGGCUUCAGCGGCAGCGACCUGCUGGAGCUGUGCAGCCAGGCCGCACAGGCGGUGCUGGCGGAGCACCUGCACACGCUGCAGCAGGGGGGCCGCGAGGACGCGCCGCUGCGGCCGCUGCUGCGCUCUGACCUGGAGGCGGCGCUGGCGCACGUGCGGCCGUCCAGCCACCGGGCGGACGAGUACUCGGGCCGGGUGGCGGGCGGCUCGUUCCUCAACGGCGGCGCCGGGGGCGACGGCGCCGGCGGCGUGUUCAACCCCGCAGACCUGUCGGCGGCACUGUCGCUGCUGCUGCAGCUGCGCGGGACAGGGGCCGGCAGCGGCAUUGGCGGGAGCGCCUGAGCUCAGCGCGCCGGAUGGCUAGGCAGCAAGUGAGCAAGGCGGUAGGGUGAGGCGGUGCGGGUGCCGAUUGGGCAAGCGCCCAGCGUUUGGCGUGCUGCAGAGGCGUAGGACGAGCCUGGACGCUGCUUGUAUGUAGACAUGAGUUGGGUUGGUGUGCGCACUCGGUGUAAGGUUGAAAGCUGUCGUGUGUCUUCGCGCACAUGCACGCAAUGCGGUUGCUUGAGGAUGGCGAGUCAGGCGGGCAGUCAAGGUUGGUGACCGAAGGCCAGGGCCUGGUUAUUGCCGUCUGCUGUCUUCUAGGGUAGUAGUGCGUUUGUGCCUUGAUUGGUGGGCGCACGCAUGAACUACUACAUUCUCCAGAGUGGCAGUUGUUCUCGGCUUGCAUGUCCCAAUCCGUGGCACGCAACCUGUGGUACUGUGGCAAUGCCCAGCUGAAAUCCUGGAAGCACGUUUGCUGCUGCGCUGAGCCUGAUGUGGGACGAGAGUACGGUACUGGC